CCGGGCGGGGGACACCCGAGGUCUGCGUGGCCCCCGCGCCGCCACGCCCAGUGGCUGUUGGAGCCCGGCGAGCAGGGGGAGGAGCCGCUGCCAGUGGAGGCGGAGGAGGGAGAGGAGGCGGAGACGGCAGAGAAGGCGGAGAAGGCGGAGAGGAAGGUGGAGGCGGAGGCGAAGGUAGAGGAGAAGGUAGAGGCGGCCGGGAAGGUGGAGGCGGCGGCGGGGAAGGUGAUCGCCACCGAGAAGGUGGAGACGACAGCGGGGAAGGUGGACGCUGCCGGGAAGGUGGAGACGGCGGAGAGUCCGGGCCGCCGGGCUGAGCUCAAGCUCGAGCCCGAACCCGAGCCGGUCGGGGAGGCGGAGCAGGAGCCGAAGGGGGAGCCGAAGCAGGAGCUGGAAGAUGAGACCCCAGAGCGGAGCGGCGGUGGUGUGGGCAGCAGCGACGAGGUUCCUCCCCCUACCCUUCCCUCCGAUCCCUCGCGGCCCCCCGAUCCCUCUCCGCGCCGCAGUCGUGCCCCACGUCGCCGACCCCGGCCCCGGCCCCAGACCCGGCUCCGUACCCCGCCGCAGCCUAGGCCACGGCCCCCGCCCCGGCCCCGGCCCCGGCGCGGCCCUGGGGGCGGCUGCCUGGAUGUGGAUUUUGCGCUGGGGCCACCAGGUUGUUCCCACGUGAACAGUUUUAAGGUGGGAGAGAACUGGAGGCAGGAACUGCGGGUCAUCUACCAAUGCUUCGUGUGGUGUGGAACUCCGGAGACCAGGAAAAGCAAAGCAAAGUCGUGCAUCUGCCAUGUGUGUGGCACCCAUUUGAACAGACUCCACUCUUGCCUUUCCUGUGUCUUCUUUGGCUGCUUCACAGAGAAACACAUUCAUGAGCACGCCGAGACAAAACAACACAACUUAGCAGUAGACCUUUAUUACGGAGGUAUAUACUGCUUCAUGUGUAAGGACUAUGUGUAUGACAAAGAUAUUGAGCAAAUUGCCAAAGAAGAGCAAGGAGAAGCCUUGAAAUUACAAGCCUCCACCUCAACUGAGGUCUCUCACCAGCAGUGUUCAGUGCCAGGCCCCGGUGAGAAGUAUCCAACCUGGGAAACAACCAAACCCGAGUUAGAACUGCUGGGGCACAACCCACGGAGACGGAGAAUUGCAUCCAGCUUUACCAUCGGCUUAAGAGGACUCAUUAAUCUUGGCAACACGUGCUUUAUGAACUGCAUCGUCCAAGCCUUGACCCACACUCCCAUCCUGAGAGAUUUCUUUCUCUCCGACAGGCACCGAUGCGAAAUGCCCAGCCCGGAGUUGUGUCUGGUCUGUGAGAUGUCUUCUCUCUUUCGGGAGUUGUAUUCUGGAAACCCGUCUCCUCACGUUCCCUAUAAAUUGCUGCACCUGGUGUGGAUACAUGCCCGCCAUUUAGCAGGGUACAGGCAACAGGAUGCCCACGAGUUUCUCAUUGCGGCGUUAGAUGUCUUACACAGGCACUGCAAAGGUGAUGAUGUAGGCAAGGCAGCUAACAACCCCAACCACUGUAACUGCAUCAUAGACCAAAUCUUCACAGGUGGCCUGCAGUCUGAUGUUACCUGUCAAGCCUGCCAUGGUGUCUCUACCACUAUAGACCCAUGCUGGGACAUCAGCUUGGACUUGCCUGGAUCUUGCACCUCCUUCUGGCCCAUGAGUCCAGGGAGGGAGAGCAGCGUGAAUGGAGAAAACCACACACCAGGAAUCACUACCCUCACAGACUGCUUACGGAGGUUUACAAGGCCAGAGCACCUAGGAAGCAGUGCCAAAAUCAAAUGUGGUAGUUGCCAAAGCUACCAGGAAUCUACCAAACAGCUCACAAUGAAGAAACUACCAGUUGUUGCCUGUUUUCAUUUCAAACGCUUUGAACACUCAGCCAAACAGAGGCGCAAGAUCACCACAUACAUUUCCUUUCCUCUUGAGCUGGAUAUGACACCGUUUAUGGCCUCAAGUAAAGAGAGCAGAAUGAAUGGACAGUUGCAGCUGCCAACCAAUAGUGGAAACAAUGAGAAUAAGUAUUCCUUGUUUGCUGUGGUUAAUCACCAAGGAACCUUGGAGAGUGGUCACUACACCAGCUUCAUCCGGCACCACAAGGACCAGUGGUUCAAGUGUGAUGAUGCCGUCAUCACCAAGGCCAGCAUUAAGGACGUACUGGACAGUGAAGGGUAUUUACUGUUUUAUCACAAACAGCUCCUGGAACAUGAGUCCGAAAAAGUGAAAGAAAUGAAUACACAAGCCUACUGAAGCGACACACCGACCUACCUGUAAUGGAAGAUGAUGACACCUGUGCUACAACUGGCAUCGAGAUUUAAAGAACCUACUUGACCAUGGCCCAGGGGCCUGACAGAGUAAGGACUGAACAGUAUCCAGUGUCCAAAAGGUCCCGAUUGGAAAAGAAAAUAGAAGGGGAGGGAGAAGAGGCUCUAGUCAAAGCAGUCACUUGAAGGAAAUUAAAUGUCAGGAAUGCUCUGGGUGGGAAAGGCAGAAGCAGGCAAAUCGUGACACUGGUACAUCUAUAUUCCUCCAAAAGG